CUCCCCGUUAGUCUGGCUUGGUAGUCCUUAUCGCCCCUUGGAUCAGUGCACAGCCGACUCUAGUAUAUAUGGUCUGACAGAGUAUUACUUUCAUAACCGAUCAUCUUAUCCUAAUCGAGCUGCGGCGACCAGCGAGGCGCCAUGUCGAUGUCUAAGGGAUCCAAGUUGCUACAGUACAUCAACUACCGCAUGCGCGUCACAGUCUCCGAUGGCCGCGAGCUUGUCGGGAAAUUCAUGGCGUUCGAUCGCCACAUGAACCUCGUCCUCGGGGAGUGCGAGGAGUUCCGCAAGCUGCCGCCCAAGAAAGGCUCCAAGGCGCCGGAAGACCGCGAGGAGCGCCGCACAUUAGGGCUGCUGAUUCUCCGCGGGGAGGAGGUCAUUUGUCUCACCGUCGAAGGGCCGCCGCCUCAGGAUGAAAACCGCGGGAGAGCCGCUGGCGCAGCUGCGGGGGGCCCUGGAGUCGGCCGCGCAGCAGGGCGGGGGGUUCCGACUGUUCCGCUCGGUCAAGCGCAGCCCGGAUUGGCGGGGCCCGCGCGCGGAGUCGGUGGACCAGCGCCGUCGCUGAUGCAGCCGCGCCCGCAAGUGGCGGCUCCGCCGAUCUCGUACCAACCGCCCGGCGGCGCUGCUGGCGCUGCGCCUGGGCGCCCGCCUCCCGUCUCCUUCCCCCCGCCUGCUGGGUUCCCCGGGGGUGGGCCUCCGCGGCCGGGCAUGCCCCCUCCGCCCGGCCCAGGCGGAAUGCGCCCACCAGGCAUGGGGCCGCCCCCGUCCAUGUACCCCCAGGGUCCCCCGCGCCCGGGCAUGCCUCCCCUCCCGCAGGUUAUGGACCUCCCCCCGGUGGCCCGCCUCCGCAAUUCCCCCCGCGUGGGCCUCCGCCAGGCGGUGCGCCACCCAUGCAGUAUGGGCGGGGAAUGCCCCCGCCAGGGGGGAUGCCUCCGCCAGGGAUGAUGGGUCCGCCAAGGCCGGGUAUGCCCCCUCCGCCAGGGGGACAUCCGGGGAUGUAUGGUCCCCCGCGCCCAGGCAUGCCCCCCCCGCCUGGUGGGCAAUGAUGAGGGGGAGUGACUGUGGCAGAUGUGCUUGAAUGGAAGAUUCUUGGGGGAGUAGGAUGGUAUUGUUGCUGCGGGGGGGGUGAGUGCACUAGCAUGAUGCAGUGUAGGUUCUGACUGAGGUGAUUGGUUGCUGCAUGGAUGAUUGGUGCUCGUGUCGUUUGUUCACUGACGGUUUGAGAGCUUGACAUCUUGUCUCUUAGAAGAAUGGAAGAAUGGAAGUUGUUUUCACUCAACGUUCCUAGAACCAACCAUGCAUGUGUUAAAUGACCAUGAGUUUCUGCCAUUCCUCCCAGGGGAACGUUGGGGCCAGUGUGCCAAUGCCA